AUGGCUAUCCUAGCGCCACCGUGUCACCGCCCUUCCUACCCCGCCACCCCCGCCGCCGCCUUCAUCUCCUCCACCUAUCGCCACUGUUCUACUCCCCCUUCAAUUUACUCACUCACUAUUACUUCUCAACUUUACAACCAACAGCUACCGCCGGCGACUUCAACAGCUCAGAGAGCAAGAAUUGACAAGUCCUUGCUUCGAUUAUCGGUGGGCAUAUCUGAAGCUGAGCUCUGGGCUGCAGCUUGUCUCCGUGUCCGCUGUUUCUACAACUUCGAAGACGACUCUUUUGGAAUCCAAGAUCACAAGAAAUACUUGGCCGAGCGUGAAUUUGAAGCCCUAAAGGAACGUGUUGCAGGGGUUAGGGUGGGCUUUAAGAAGGUCUCUUGCAUUGAUGCUACGUUACCAUUGUCUCAAGUAACAAGCAUUUCCGAUGAUUUAAGCAACAACUGCAAGUUUUCUGAUGGGGAAGAAGAAAGAGUAGUUGUUGGGACCUUGGAUAUCAACCAGUGUAUCAGACUUCCUGAUGAAAUUGCUGGGAUGAAGCCAAAGGGAAUUGGAGCAGAUUUUGCAAGGGCCUAUCUCAGCAACGUUUGUGUUGCCCAGGAACUGCAAAGAAAUGGCCUAGGCUCUGACCUCAUUUCUAAGGCAAAGUUGGUUGCUGAAGAGUGGGGAAUAAGUGAUUUGUAUGUCCAUGUUGCUGUUGAUAAUGAGCCUGCAAAAAAUCUAUACAUAAAAAGUGGUUUUACUCUUGAGAACGAAGAGCCUGCGUGGCAAGCUAGAUUUUUGGAUCGACCGAGAAGGCUUCUGUUGUGGACAGGUCUUCCUAGUACAUAUGACUUGUAA